AUGCUUACAUUUCCUGUUAGAUCGAUUGUCGGUAGGCGAUCUGGAAAUGCGUUGGUUUUACAACUGCGUGCCAAAUUUCACCAACAGCAUUUAUCACCAUCAUUAGUUAAAUUGCACUCUGAGCUAAAAUUGGAUGAAUUACAGCCUGAUAACACUCCCGAUUAUGUUCGUUUAGUAUUACGCUCCUCAGUUUACGAUGUUAUUGACGAGUCCCCAAUUUCCCACGCAGUUGGAUUAUCUUCACGUUUAAAUUCCAGUGUUCAAUUGAAAAGAGAAGAUCUGUUGCCAGUCUUCUCCUUCAAACUCCGUGGUGCCUACAAUAUGAUCGCUAAACUAGAAGAUGGUCAAAGAAAUCAAGGUGUUAUUGCCUGUUCCGCGGGCAAUCAUGCUCAAGGUGUCGCUUUCGCCGCUAAACAUAUGAAUAUACCAGCAACAAUUGUUAUGCCAGUGUCCACACCCUCUAUCAAGUAUCAAAAUGUAUCCCGUUUGGGCUCUCAAGUUGUCCUAUAUGGUAAUGACUUUGAUGAGGCAAAAGCUGAAUGUACACGUCUAUCGGAAGAACGUGGACUGACAAAUAUUCCGCCCUUUGACCAUCCUUAUGUUAUUGCAGGUCAAGGUACUGUCGCUAUGGAGAUAUUGAGACAGGUGCACAAUUCCAACAAAAUCGGCGCUGUUUUCGUUCCUUGUGGUGGUGGUGGGUUGAUUUCUGGUGUAGGUUCAUACUUGAAAAGAAUUGCCCCUCAUAUCAAGAUUAUUGGUGUUGAAACACAUGAUUCACCAACACUUUACACAUGUUUGAAACACGGUAAAAGAGUCCCAUUAACCACUGUUGGCACUUUUGCAGAUGGUACCUCAGUACGGAUUAUUGGUGAGGAAACCUUCCGAGUAUGUCAGGAAGUCGUUGAUGAAGUGGUUCUUGUGAAUACUGAUGAAAUUUGUGCCGCGGUUAAGGAUGUAUUUGAAGAUACAAGAAGUAUUGUAGAACCAUCAGGUGCUUUAUCUGUUGCAGGUAUGAAAAAAUAUAUUACUCAAUUACAUCCAGAAAUUGAUCACUCCAAGCAUACCUAUGUCCCUAUCCUAUCCGGAGCUAAUAUGAAUUUUGAUAGAUUGAGAUUUGUCUCUGAACGUGCAGUACUUGGUGAAGGUAAAGAGGUUUUCAUGUUAGUUACAAUUCCAGAUGUUCCCGGAUCUUUUAAGAAAUUGCAAAAAGUCAUUCAUCCAAGAUCUGUUACAGAGUUCUCAUACCGCUACAAUGAACACCGUCAUGAAUCAACCAGUGAAGUUCCAAAGGCUUACAUCUACACUUCAUUUAAUGUUGUUGAUCGUGAAAAGGAAAUCAAGCAAGUCAUGCAACAGAUCCAUGCGCUUGGCUUUGAGGCUGUAGAUAUAUCAGACAAUGAAAUGGCUAAAUCCCAUGGCAGAUAUUUGGUUGGCGGUGCCUCUAAAGUACCCAAUGAAAGAGUCAUCUCAUUUGAGUUCCCCGAAAGACCUGGCGCUUUGACAAACUUUUUGCUUGGUUUAAGCGAUUCAUGGAAUUUGACUUUAUUUCACUAUAGAAAUCAUGGUGCUGAUAUUGGUAAAGUAUUGGCUGGGAUCUCUGUACCACCUAGAGAAAACCUAACAUUCCAGAAAUUUUUGGACGAUAUUGGUUACCAAUACCAAGAUGAAACUGAUAACAUGGUCUAUCAAAAAUUCUUGAAAUACUGA